CGAGAGCCCGGGUGCGAGCCUGGCGGCGGCAGCGUGAGCCCCAGACGCGCGGCUCCGGGCUGCUCGCGCUCUCCGCACCUUCAGGCUUCGCACGCCGCUUGCUCGGGACUGCAGCGCUCACGACGGAGCUAUAAGCAGGAGAAAAUCUGUUCCGGGUGACCCCAGGCCGUCCCGGAAACGCCAUGGCCGCGCAGCGGGCCCCGGAGCCCAGACUGAGGUUGAGUUUCAAACCAGCCUCGAGAUAACGUGUUCUGGAUGUCGACAGUGAAAAUGGCCAACUCCAGGUUCACACUCUGUCAGCCAAAGGCAUGACAGUUCAGGAACAUGUGGACUUCUUGGACACAGAAAUGUGCGCACAGAAAAAGAAACUCUCUGGUUCUCUAGAUAAAUGGCAGCGUCCAAAAUGGGCACAUUCUGCUCAGUAAUCAAGUUUGAAAAUCUUCAGGAAUUGAAACGACUGUGUCACUGGGGUCCCAUGAUAGCCCUUGGUGUUAUAGCAAUAUGUUCCACGAUGGCCAUGAUCGACUCUGUGUUGUGGUACUGGCCCUUACACACAACAGGAGGAAGUGUGAAUUUCAUCAUGUUGAUAAACUGGACUGUCAUGAUUGUCUACAAUUACUUCAAUGCCAUGUUUGCUGGUCCUGGUUUUGUCCCUCGAGGGUGGAGACCGGAAAAUCCUCAGGAUAGCAUGUAUCUCCAGUAUUGUAAAGUCUGCCAAGCAUACAAGGCACCUCGUUCACACCAUUGCAGGAAGUGUAACAGAUGUGUGAUGAAGAUGGAUCACCACUGUCCCUGGAUCAACAACUGCUGUGGCCACCAGAACCAUGCUUCCUUCACGCUGUUCCUCCUGCUGGCGCCUCUGGGCUGCAUCCACGCUGCCUUUAUUUUUGUGAUGACUAUGUACACACAGCUUUAUAAUCGGCUCUCCUUUGGGUGGAACACAGUCAAGAUUGACAUGAGUAUGGCCCGGAGAGAUCCUCCCCCAAUUGUUCCCUUCGGAUUGGCUGCAUUUGCUGCAACCUUGUUUGCCUUGGGAUUAGCACUGGGGACAACCGUAGCUGUUGGGAUGUUGUUUUUCAUACAGAUAAAAAUUAUUCUCAGAAACAAAACUUCCAUUGAAUCAUGGAUUGAAGAGAAGGCUAAAGAUCGGAUUCAGUAUUACCAACUGGAAGAAAUCUUCAUUUUUCCUUAUGAUAUGGGAAGUAAAUGGGAGAAUUUUAAACAGGUAUUCACAUGGUCAGGAGUCCCUGAAGGAGAUGGACUGGAGUGGCCGAUAAGAGAAGGCUGUCACCGAUACAGCCUAACAGUAGAACAGUUGAAACAGAAAGCAGACAAGCGAGUGAGAAGUGUUCGCUAUAAAGUCAUAGAAGAUUAUAAUGGUGCCUGUUGUCCUUUGAAUAGAGGAAUUAAAACCUUCUUUACAAGCCCCUGCACAGAGGAACCUCGGAUACAGCUGCAGAAAGGGGAGCUCAUUUUAGCAACAAGAGGGUUACGAUACUGGUUGUAUGGAGACAAAAUUCUCGAUGAUUGCUUCAUAGAAGGCACUUCCAGAAUAAGAGGGUGGUUCCCUAGAAACUGUGUGGAAAAGUGUCCCUGUGAUGGUGAGUCAGACGCAGCCCCGGAGGGCGAGAAGAAGAACAGAUAGCCACUGUUAAAAUGAGACCAUUGAAUCUUCAUUACUUGAAAAUCGCACGUUACCCAAGAAUUAUGCAACGAGUCUACUCUGCUUAAGGCCUCCUUUUCCUCAAAGAUGUUCCAGUGCCAUGAACUAAGGAUUUUGAUUACCCUGUGAAACAGAAGCCAUUCUGCAUAUGCCUUUGAAUCCCUGUCGUCCUUCCUCUUCCUCCUGAAGGGGAGUCGUUGGCCAAUGAGCAGAUUGCACUUGUUAGGUUUCUGUGUGCCGCACACCUGACCUCACCUGCAGGUCUAGUUCCCCUGACCAGGAGUGUCCGCAUGUGGUGGUCAUUCUGUUUCUUCCUCGGUUGACUUUUCUUCAUAAUCUAGAGACUAUAAAACUUGCCAGAUUCAAUAUAAACUCAACUUUUGUUACUUUUAAUAAUGCAGAUUUUAUCAAAUCCAAUAAAAGUCAAUGGAUGUUAUG